CCCACCUGUCUGUCUCUCCCUCUCCAGCCAGUGCUGCCUCACACGGCGGUGUGUUUUUCGUGUGGUGAGGCGGGUAAAGAGGACACGGUGGACUCUGAGGAGGAGAAGUUCAGCCUCUCUCUGAUGGAGUGCACCAUCUGUAACGAGAUCAUCCACCCGAGCUGUCUGAAGAUGAACAAAGCUGAAGGAAUCAUCAACGAUGAGAUCCCAAACUGUUGGGAGUGUCCAAAGUGCCACAAGGAGGGCAAAACCAGUAAGGACCAGGCGGACGGUCUAGGGAAGAGGAAGCUGGAUAACGGGGAGGUGGGUCGAUGGAAGCUCACUGAUGACCCUCCCCCUAAAAAGAAAGCCCCUCCCUCCCUGGAGGAGGGGGGGAGGGCGGAGGGGGGACACAAGAGGAAGAAGGAGAAGGAGCUUCCUCAGGACAGCGGACCCAAGAAGAAGAUGAAGGGAGCCCAUGAAAAACGCCUCAAAAAGAAACCCAAACAGGAGGUGGUGGAGUCCAACGGUCCCACCUCCUCAGUUGGAGGAGGAGCAGGAGGACUGCAGGGCUCCUCCUCCUCAUCUUCUUCUCAGCCUGGAGGAGGAGGGACGUCCAGUGCAGACCAGCGCUCCCACCACAGGGAGAAACUGGAGCGCUUCAAGAGGAUGUGUCUUCUGGAGCGACGGCCAGAGUCGUCGUCCUCCUCCUCCUCCAGCUCAGAGUCGGACUCAGAGUCGGACUCAGACGACUCCCUCAGGGGGGGGGAGGCAGGAGGAGGCUCCUCCCCUUCCUCCUCCUCCCCUGCCCCGCCUCCUCCCGUCAUCUACGGCAGUGGUGGGGGGGGGCGGACGGAGCGAGAGAGGAGUCGAUGUGAGAGGGAGAGAGAGAGGGAGAGGGAGAGACGUCUGGCUGAGCUGGGCUUCAGCGCCAGCGAGGACUCAGAGGGGGAGGGGGGGAGGGGGGAGGAGGCGCUCCGGGAGGGGGAGCGGGGGGGGAGGAGAAGGCUCGACGGAGAGGGGGAGGAGCUACAGGAGGAGAGGCGGGUCUACCUCCACGAGGACGUAAAGGAGGCCUACUGGACGGAGAGGAGGACACGCCCACCUCUGACAGGACCAGGAAGAACUCACCCCUCUCCUCCAAUCAGAUGCCUCCGUCCUCGCAGCACGACGGCUUCACGGGGAAGCAGCGCAGCAACGGGACGGAGGCUCGAAACGGGAGGACACGAGGAGGGGCGGGAGGGGGAAGGGAGGGGGGGGAGAAGGAGAACGCCAGCGGAGGGGGGGGGGGGCAGCCUGAUGAUGUCAUCAAUGGCGGCAUCCCCCUGCUCCCAGGUGUCCCGCCUCGCCCCGCGCUCUCAGAUGAUGAAGCGCAGCCCCCCCGCCGUCCCCUCACCCCCCCGACCCGUUCAGAUGGAGAGGCACCUGGUGCGACCCCCCCCCACCUGCCCCGAGCCCAGCUGCCUGCCGCUGGACUCUGGCUCCUCCCACAUCAUGACGCGUGACGUCUGGCUCAGAGUCUUCACUCACCUGAGCCAGAGAGAGCUGUGUGUCUGCAUGAGGGUGUGUCGCACCUGGAGCCGCUGGUGUUGUGAUAAAUGGUUGUGGACUCAGAUCGAUCUUAGCCGGCAGCGCUCCAUCACCCCCCCCAUGCUGAGUGGUAUCAUCCGCCGGCAGCCCGUCUCCCUGAACCUGGGUUAUACCAACAUCUCCAAGAAACAGCUCAUGUGGCUCAUCAACCGCUUACCAGGUGACUCCAUGUCUGUCUGUCUGUCUCUCCUCCCUCCCCGUCUGUCUGUCU